AUGGCCAUCAUCUCAUGGUCUGCUGAGGGUCCAGACACUCCUGCUGAUGAGACUCUCAUCCUCACCUAUUAUCACCCCGCUGGACUCACAGACAUCAAGUCAAAGUACGAAGGUCGGGUGUCUGUGGAUGUAAAUGUUGCUUCUGGCAAAGCUGAUCUUAAGCUUUCCUCCAUCACAAUGGCAGACAACAAAGAGUUUGAGUGUCGUGUCCAGAUCCCUGGAGAUGAUGAGGGCCAACCAGCAGACACAGCACGUUUGACCGUUCUAGUGGCUCCAUCUAAUCCCAUUUGCAAAAUUGAAGGGAAAGCAGAAUACGGGCAGAACAUAAACCUCACCUGUUACUCUGAGGAAGGGUCUCCUCCUCCCACAUACAAGUGGGAAAGUCGUGAUGUGAGGAACAUGCCUCGUGUUCCAGACCCUAGAACCACCGACAAAGGAGGCAUCCUUUCUCUUUAUGACAUCUCUAAGGAGACCUCAGGAUACUACAUCUGCACAUCAAGCAACAAGAUCUCCUCUGCUACCUGCAACAUCCCCGUUGCAGUCCUUCCACCUGCCACAAACACCGACUUCACAGCAGGAAUCCGGGCUGUUAUCAAUCUUUUCUGUGGGCUUGUCAAGGACCAGAACGCUCUGUCAUAGAGUAAAACUGCAGCAGUGGAGGGUUCAAAUCCCAGAGGAGGAAGACGGGAAGAACCUUCUAGGCAGUCACAGUACCCCUGAAGAUACUCAGAAAUAUUUACUUUGAUAAGUCAUGGGAUAAUUGACACUCAAAAUCAAUAUACACAACUAUUACCAAACACAACUAAAGUGACAGGAACAAAAAGUAAUCAUUUCACUACUUUUAAGAACAGGCAGUGAUAGUGUUGUGUUUUUGUGCUUGUCUGUGCCCUCAACAUUUUGAGACCUAUAAAAUGC